ACUCCUCAGAGACAGGGGGAGGUGCUGCUGAGGACACGCCUCCCUCGGUGUUGGCCAAUGGCAGCGGAGAGAGUAUCGGUCUGAGAUGGCGCAGUGACGUUACACUGAAUCUGGGCGCCAAAGCUGGUGCUGGUGGGGAUGAUGACUCGUGGUCAGGAACGUGUGGUGGCCCUCAUCGAUAUGGACUGUUUCUAUGUGCAAGUGGAACAGAAGAACAACCCUGAGCUGAAGGGCAAGCCGUGCGCUGUGGUCCAGUAUAAAACCUGGCAGGGAGGAGGAAUUAUUGCUGUCAGCUACGAGGCACGAGCCUAUGGAGUGACGAGAGGAAUGCGAGGUCAGGAAGCAAAGAAGAAAUGUCCACAGCUGCAGCUCGCGCGAAUCCCAGAGGCUCAUGGGAAGGCCGAUCUCAGCAAGUAUCGUGAAGCCAGCGUACAGGUGCUCUCAGUGCUGUCCCGUUUUGCCGUGAUCGAACGGGCCAGUAUUGACGAGGUUUUUGUAGAUCUGACUGCAGCUGCCCGAGAUCGGGCCUGCAAGCUGGAGGGUCAGCGGAUUGAUCAUGGGCUGCUGCCGACCACCUUCAUACAGGGAUUCCCCCAACAUGCUCAGGCAGAGCAGUGUGGAGAGCCAGCUGUACCGAGAGAGCAGGCACGCCGAGUGGGGCUAGACGCCUGGCUGGACUCGCUGCCCCUCAGUACCCGAGACGGAGACAGCCCUGAGCUGCAGCUCACAGCUGGGGCCCUGAUCGUGGAGGAGAUGCGGGCAGCAGUGGAACACGAGACUGGAUACAGGUGUUCAGCUGGAGUUUCACACAACAAGGUGUUGGCGAAGCUGAGUUGUGGUUUGAACAAACCAAACCGUCAGACGGUGCUGCCAAUGUGCUCCGUGCCAAGACUCUUUGACAGUCUGCCCAUUUGCAAAAUGUAAGUUUAUUGGGAGAUCUCGACUGUUUCUU